AUGCCUACCACAACCCCCAAAACAAUCGCCAUAAUCGCCGGGGCGGGUCCAGGCACCGGUGCAGCCAUUGCGCGCCGCUUUGCCCGCGGAUACCCCGUCGUGCUGUUAGCACGUUCGCAAGCCUCACUGGACCCACUAGUUCGGGAUAUUAAAAGGCACAAUGGAUACGCGCUAGCUCUCCCAACAGAUGUGACAGAUAUCUCGAGUAUGAACCGCGCUGUAGCCGAUACAAAGGCGCAAUUGGGCCAGGAUGUCCGCGUAGCCGCGGCUAUUUUCAAUAUGGCUAGCAAGUUCACUCGCAAAGGGUUUCUGGAUUCGACUCCGGAGGAAUAUCUCGGAAGUCUUCAGGCUACUGUCAACGGGGCCUAUAAUUUUAGUCAAGCGGUGUUGCCGUUGAUGUUUGGCUCUGGUUCCGAUGAGUUGCAGUAUCCGCCGACUUUGAUCUUCACAGGUGCAACUGCUGCCCUCAAAGGAGGCAACGGACUAGGCUCAUUCGCAAUGAGCAAGUUUGCCGUUCGAGCGAUGGCACAGUCGCUAGCCCGCGAAUUCGGGCCCAAGGGUAUCCAUGUGGCGCAUGCUAUUGUGGAUGGCAUUAUUGACACGGAGCAAACCAAGGGCUUUCAUGAGAAAAUGCCUGAAUCUAAGAUUAGCCCGGAUCAAAUUGCGGAGGCAUAUUGGUAUUUGCAUACGCAGAAGAAGACUUCGUUCACACAUGAGUUGGAUCUUCGGCCUUAUUGUGAAAGCUGGUAA